AUGGCAAGCUCGGCCGCAAGCGGGUUGAAGUACCUUUCCAAUGCGCUAGCAACACCAGAGCAGCUAUCAAAUUCAUCAUCAUCUAUCGACGGUGUGCCUGUUGAUCUAGAAGCAUCUGUCCGAUUUGCCGGCGCGCAGCUCACACAAACAGCGGGGGUUCUGUUACGAUUGUCGCAAGACAUCAUCGCGCAGGCCAUUGUGACAUUUACCCGGUUCUGGAUAGGCUCGGAAGGUGGCAGUCUACGAAUAUACUCGGUGAAGGAUGUAUCCGCCGCAGCGCUGUACAUGACUGCCAAGUUAUCCUUCCAACCCACCUCUCCACGCUCGGUGCUAAACGUCUACGCUUUUCUCCUGUCGAAAGAUGCGUCGCCGUUGUGGUUCAUAAACCCCAAGGGGUCGCCAGACAAGGCAAUGCCAGAAACCUAUCACCUUACGGAAGGCGAUUAUCAAGCACAGCGACUGGUUCUGCUGCGCAUCGAGUCGAUCAUUCUGCGCACGUUGGGAUUCAAUACGCAUGUGGCUCUCCCUCAUACUAUCGCCUUGACCUACCUCCAGACCCUUGGUGUUCCAUCCUCCGCCGUUGCUCACAGAGUAUUCGAGCAUCUCAACUCAGCGUUGCUGUCGCCGCAGCUGUUAUACGUCACGCACCAACCGAACGCCCUUGCCGUUGCUUCGAUCUACCUCGCAUCCCGGGAAGUGGGGGUCAAGCUCGUCGAUGGCGACUGGUGGGAAGUAUUCGACGUUGACCGGGAGGACCUCGGAUUCUUGGUGGUGGGCAUGAGAAGCAUGGAGGGAUUUGCGCGGGCGGAAAUGGAAAAGUGGAAGGGUCGAGGAAUACCCAUGACGGUGGACGAGCUGGAGGGUGAGAUAGAACAUAGGAGAAUGAUGGAAGAGGGUGAGUGA